AUGGUACUCAAACUUGACAGGGUGAAAAGCAUGGACGGGCGAUGUGCGACAGUUUUUGCAGCCGCUGCGGCAAUAGGAGCUAGUUUUUACGUAUUUUUGGCUCCUGAUGGCAAGGAAAAGAAAAAAUCCAGGCGGGAUCGCCCUCCAGGUCUUGUCAAUCUUGGCAAUACUUGUUUUAUGAAUUCUAUAUUACAGGGAAUUGCAUUCUUACCAUCAUUUGUGGCAUGGUUAGAAGAUUUUUCUGUUGAUGAUGAUGGAAAAACUUUCUCAAGUUUAGGAAAAGAGUUGAGAACACUAGUUACUGCUCUAAACAAUGGUUGUUUUGAAGGAGAUGAUGUCAUUAAUCCUGAUUUUGUAUUAAAUGCUCUUGGGUCACAUGGUUGGGUCAUACCUACAGACCAGCAGGAUGCCCAUGAGUUCUUCCAUGUACUUUCUUCAACUCUUAAUGAUGAAAUGGGGGAUCUUCCCAAUGUGAUGGACCUCAGUGAUAUUGCGAUUAUAGAAAAAACUGAUGAUUCCAUUGACGACAACAAAUCCAUGGUACACAGAAACAAAGUCCCUCUUAGUAGAAAAUGUAAAAAACUUCAUUUACCAUUUCAUGGCUUGUUGGCAAGUCAGUUGGUGUGUAAGCAGUGUGCUACCAAGUGUCCCGUCAAGUUUGACAGUUAUGACAGCCUGUCACUUAGUCUACCAACAACUUUCCAGAAGGGCUUGAGAUUAGAGGAUCUUCUGCGCAGAUUUGUGUGUUCAGAGACAGUGGAUGCUGUGGAAUGUCAUGGAUGUCAACAGCGACAAAACACAGAUGACUCGACCAGCUCUAUUCGCACGACUUUUAUUAAGCGACUUACUCUUGGAAAACUACCACAAUGUCUCUGCUUCCACAUUCAGAGGACAUAUUGGCAUUCUAAUGGGAUUCCAUUCAAAAAUAACUCAUUCAUCAAGUUUCCAGAGUUCCUUAACAUGAAGCCCUUUUUAUAUGAGCCCUUAGACUCAGACAACUUUCCCAAAAAAGACCAAGGGAAGGAACAUCCCAGUAAGAAGUUGGGUUCCCUGACAAAUGGAGGCCUUCAACUUUCGGCAGCCAAUGGAGGAUAUUUUAAUGAUUAUUUGGAUGAACUGGUUACGUCCUUUGCAAAUGCAGGCAAAAAGAGUACAGGCCAGGCAGUUUUCAAGCUGAUGGCAGUUAUUGUUCAUAUGGGAACUGUUGAUGAUGGCCAUUAUAUUACUUAUCGCAGAUUUGAAUUGCCACAGGGCAAUGAGCAGGGUUCAAAAUGGCUUUACACAUCUGAUGAACUAGUGGAGGUGACUUCACGAGAUCAAGCUUUAUCAAGCUGUGCUUACAUGCUUUUCUAUGAGCGGGCUAAUAGGUAGCAUGUGUUCAGCAAUGAUGCUGUGCUUCAUGCAAGUAAAACACAUUUGAUCAGAAGGAAUAGCCUGAAUGCUACCAAUAUGUCACAAGAAAGAACAAGUUAACAUCCUCACUGUGUAGAGUGUAAUAACUUUAAUGGGUAGACAAGACAAUUUGUUAUAAUAUCUAAUUACAAUCAACAGCUAUUUUCAAAGUGUUUCUAUGACAAACUAUAUCCAAUAUGUUUUAACUACAAACAGCAUAACAUAUA